GGUCACACUGCCUUGACUCGCGACAGGGGCAGUAAUGCUGCCAUCUUGACCGACGAGCGAUCGAGCCGGUUCAUGACGACGGAGCGACGACCCAUUCGAGAUGUCGACAUGGUCUCAUCGAGGACAAGCAUCGCAAGAGUCAGAUGCCAGUCGUCGGUCAGCAUCGCCCGCCCCAUUUGCUUCGAGCGGUGAAUCUAGCGACUCGAUGGACGGCAUUCGUCUAUCAGGUGGAUGGUACUCUGGCAGGAGAGGCUCGGCGCCUCCGCAGACGGUCAAAUACGGCAAGGAGGGGAUGUCAUCUGUCAACAUGAUACAGUCUGGCUCGGAUCCUCUGCCAGUAGCAUCGAGCAGCAGCGAAGAGCACUCGCAGGGGUUCAAGCUCAAGGCAACUGAAGCGCCUGAUGUCGGCCUGGCGUCGAGCAUAGGCCGGAGCCCGAGCUCGACGGAUAUUGCUCGCUCACUUUCAUCAUUGACUGCUACACCUUCGACGUUGAUCAACACGCCGAAGGGCGGCUCACCAAAGCUCUCGUCGAGCCCAUUGCCGUCCUCAAGCUCGUUUAAGAAUGUCUCGCGCACACGUACAAAGUCGUCCACGUCGCCCAAGCUCAAGGAGAGGCAGCUGCCAGGCGACGUGACUCCUUCACGUACGCCACUGGUGGCAGAUGUACAGCUCUCGAAGUCACGCUUGCUAGUAACGAAGACGCAUAUACUAUAUCCACCUCGCGAGACUGUGCCGUUUCGGUCUUGCGUGCUCGCAUUUAGGGUCAUCUUUCACGCGCUCACGCAGGGCCGCGUUCGACAAGCCGAAGUCUCCUUGAGGUUCUUUCCAGCUGGGGAUGACCCCGAUGGCGUAUGCCCCGUCAUCAAAGCAAUCUAUCCCUCGCACAGUACGCAAGCACCGCCGGUCGAGGAGCGUACGCAAGUACACAGAAACACAAACACAACCCUUGGCGUGUCGAUUGGCUAUACGCCAUACGGCUCGCUGUUCCUGUCUCGCGGAGGAGGAACAGACUACGCUUAUACAUCUCAUCCGUCAGUGCUAGGAUCUGGCGUUGAAUCGUCAAGAGCACUCUUCACGAUUGGCGAAGAUCCGGUAGCACAUACCGGCGUUACACCUUCGCUCGAUCUGGCGGUCUUGCUCUGGCUGCCCGAGGAAGGCAACAACGCUUUCGAAGCCGAGCUAUCGGUAGAAGCGACAGUGGGCCGAUCUGGCGUAGGUUCAGGCUUCGGACGGCUGCUGGGAUCGCCGCGCGUUUGGCGAAUGGGCUUUGAUGGCGAAACGCAGCUUGGCGAGAUGCAAUUCGGCGACAUGAGCUCGGGCGUCGUCGAGGUCGAGUCACGAUCUGAGCGCUCAAGCAGAAGCCCCAGAGAAGCUACCGGAGGCACGUCCAAGUCGCCUAAAUCGCAUCAUUCGCAACGUCAUCGCAAACGCGAUUCACGCUAGCGCUGUACACAUCAACAUCCAUUCUCACACUUUACGAUCGCAAGAAAAGCGCAACAGAUGCGUGUG